GUUCAAAACCACUUGCUAUUGGUUUACCAGUUGGGAAGAUAGACCGAUUAUAGACUAGACUGAAAUCCAAGGCUUUUCCAAGACCUCUUAAAACUUCUAAGUGGACCAACGGUAACAUUCACACUGCUUAUCUGUGUAGGACCUAAUCCAAAUCCGAUCCCGCCUCAGCCGACUUGUCCGUCUUGUGGAUGUCGCGUAUAUGAGAGCUUACGACAGGCCAUGCUCUACCGAGAUUCCUCACCACGACCACCAAUAUACAUACCUGCGAUCCAUGGAGGAUGACCAGUUAGGCACGGUUGGCUCCUCAAGUGCCAACUACUAAUAUACCUCUAUACCUCCAUCCCUCGCUCACCACACUCUCAUUUAUUAUUUCUACCACCGACGCGCCAAGAGGGUGUUGCCGAUUUCCGAGGGUGACCUGGGAACUUCCAGAUGCUCGCCACCGUUCGGAAUCGCGGCAUCGUGUCGUUCUUCCUAGGCUUCCUCCUCUGUUACGCUAUAGCCGCCGUCUACUUGAGAUCUAGAUGUUAUCGCGACCCAUCUUCCGUCUUUUUCAGACCUGAGUCCGCCCGCGUUUUGACGUAUUCCGCUUUCCGCAAGGCGCAAGCCCGGAAAUUUGGUAAUCUGGCGGCUUUGCACGCAGUGACGAAGUGGGCUAACUCGACGGAUCCUGAGCUGUGCGUUGGCGUCGCGUCCGUAAGCCGGCAUGGUUUCUCUUACCUUAAAGAGACUCUCGGGUCCAUACUCGAAGGUUUAGAUGACCUCGAGCGCCAGCGCAUCUACGUCGUCGUUUUCCUUGCCCAUACUAACCAGUCCGAGCACGAAGACUUUCACCAACCGUGGCUCCUCAAUAUGGCCGACAGCCUCCCGACCUACCCCGACGACCCUAACACCACCGAUCUCGUGCGCCAACUUGAGAUCGACGGAAACUACGAGGCUCACGCUCGAAAACAAAAGAUCGACUAUUCCGUCCUGCUGAACGAGUGCGCCAAGGUCAAUGCUAGCUAUACCAUGACCUUGGAAGAUGACGUGAUCGCUUUGGACGGGUGGUAUCACCGUGCUCUUAGCGCUUUAGAGAUUGCCUCGAGGAAGACCCGAGAGCUGGGACGAGAUAGUUUCCUCUACCUACGUGUCUUUUACGACGGACGACUCCUUGGCUGGAACAGCGAAGAAUGGCCACUAUAUGUCGAAUCGAGUAUAGCAGUCUUAAUUAUCGAAAUUUCUAUAUUGAUGGCUCUUCGUUGGCGCGUCGCCGUGGCACGGAAAGCCCUUACAUUUUCGGCCAUCUUCGUCCUCUGCGGAGUGUGCACUCCCAUGCUGAUCGGUCUGUUUUUCGCGGCCGGGCGCAACUGCAUGAUGCCAAAAGCGCCCGGUGUCCAUCUGAUGCACCAGUAUGGCUGCUGCGCUCAGGGACUCGUGUUUCCGCAACGUCAGGUCCUCGAUCACUUACUUCCACUAUACCGCGAUACCCAGGAUAACCAUGCCGCCGUCGACACGUUUCUCGAAGACUGGGCCAACAACCACGACGGUUUGCGGUGGGCCGUCACCCCGGUCCUUAUACAACACGUAGGCGGCAAGAGUUCCCACGGUGCGGGCGACCAGGAGUCGGGUUCGCUCACGGACGACAUGCCGUUCGAUUAUUCUUUCGAGAUGAACGACCCGAUCGAGCUUGCAAAGGAGCACCGGGCGAUGAUUGUGGAGAACAUGAAACAGGCGAGAAAGGGCUCAAAAUAAUAAACAUACGCAAAUAAUCCGUCUGUCUGGUUUGGCCCAGAUCGGAGCGCAACUUAGCAAUGUGGCCUCCGCUUGGCUCGCACUAGUCUAGCAAACAGAAGACGUUGCGCUCGCAGCUACAUAUACCGAAUCUACAAUAGGCUGACAUAAGGAUGACCUUCGGUUGCUGCACAGAACAGCGGGACGGCCAGACGAUCAGGAGAGAAAUUAGGUGGGGAUUUAUGCAACGGAUCUACAAGAAAUAACGAUCAGUGAAAAUCCCCACCGUUGAUCGGUAUGUAAUGGCGGCUCCUUGCUCGCAGUCAAUCGAGGAAGGGCGAACGUCGCCUAGAGUUGACGUUCCAGUGCACGUAUUCUAGAGUUUGCCCACAAACAUACUGCUGCGAGCCGAAGAUAAAAAGAGUAGUGGCCGACUAUUCAAGAUGAAAUGGUCUAUUAAGCCUAUCCUACCUAGCAUAGCGCACCUGCGUGAGAGAAUGACACUUGCUUUAGCUACACCACAAUUAGGAAGGUGAAAUGUCGCAUACGUACAUAGGUAGGCGCCUAAUUACAUGUCCACUGAGCAGUUGGCGAUAAUGAUUCCCUUAGACCCAUUCAAUUACCUAC